GCGUCAUUCCGUGUCAACAAAAAUGGCGACGUCCAUGAGCGUCCUUGGGCAACGGAAUUUACAUGUAAGUGGUGUCUCCUAAUUGCUUUAGAAAUGUCCAUUGUUUUACCGAGACGGAAAAAGAAAACAGACAUUUUUGCGCCAAGGAAAUCCGUUCAAGAUGCGAAAGAAAAACUGGGUCCAGCAUUUUUCGAUCCGUCACUUCUUGAAUGUUCAAGGAAUGCUAUUGAAUUGAACAAACUGGUAAACAAGUGGGAGGACAUAGAAAAACAAAUGGUAAAAGUUUUACGCGACCUCUCUCGUGAGCAAAAAUCAUUGGCGAGGUCUUUCAAAAGGAGUCAUUCUACAAAUGAUUCGUCAUCGAAAGGCGUAUCAACAGAAGAAUACAUAGAAACACUUGACGGAAAACAGAUUCCUCCAGGAUUUAGAUUUAAGUCAAAUGGUGAACUAAAAGCUUCUACGACGUCCUUAUCACAUCUAGCUGUAUCUACAAGUGACGAAGAUAUAAAUACAAAAGACGAUGCCAAAUUAUCUCAAAAAUCAGAUCGUUUGAGCUAUAAUGGCAUUGAUUACAACAAGGAAAUCGAAAUGCUUAGGGACGUCAUAGUUGAUAUUUGCGAAGAAUUAUCAAAAAGUAGGAUUAGUUUGUCUAAAUCAAAUUCAGGAAAGUUAAAAACCUUCCUUAGAGCACAUUCAAAUGAAUACACAAGCGUGAGUGACUAUACCGGUGAACUUUAUGAAAAGCCAAAUGACAGGUUUGCUUUCCAGCCUGGUUCAGUAGAAAGGCGUAAUUUGCACAAACAAACUAUAAAAACUCCAUCCACAAGAGCAUGUGUCGGGUGCCAAUUUAAACUUAGGCAACAGAGUGAUAAAUUGCAAAAACUAAAAACAGAAACAGAUAAAAAUGUCUUGAAGCGAAGAUGGAGUUACGUUCCUGUAGGCAAAUAUGUGUCCUCGUCGACGUCGCUUGAUUCAAACUCACACCUGUUAAGAAAAUCGUCGUUGCCAUUUGCUAGGUUUGAAGAACAUAAGAUAGAUAUAAAGAAAGACUCAAAACCUUCUUUGGUCCGACUCAAAGUAGAUUCGGAGAUUAUUCCAAGAAAAACAGUUUCGUUUCAACACAAACAAAAAGAACAUCCUUUGACUGAGGGCCGUACUAAAAGUUCUCCGUGUGUAAGACGUAAAGACCAUUUAGCGACAGGUGAGAGAGAAACUGUGAGUGAAACGCAUCAAAAACCAAAGUCAGCGACUACUAAAACGCCGAAACUGUGUGGAGGACGAAGUUUAGAGUCAUCUCUAUUUAAACGGUCAGCACGAAACAGUAGAUCAUCGGCGAACUCGGACACAUUUAUCAUCGGACGUUGCUUAGACUCCUCUCAGUCUUUCAGGUCUGGCGUGAGUUCAAGAAAUAGUUCAAGGAUGUUGACAGACUUUGAAACCCGGCUAAGUUUACUUAAAGAGUUUCAGGCAGAACAGGAUAAACAAUGCGAGACGAAAGUGAAAAAGUUCCUCAAAAACAUAGAUUCAAUGCAGAAUGUGACGUGAACCAGAGUGAAUGGCUGAAACCCUGAAAUGAAUGAUCACAGUUAAGAUAUGGCGUAGCCAGAGUAAUUGACACAGAAUCUAUAAACUGACAUAAUUAUGUUCCAUUCAGGACUUGAUAUACAGGCAAAGCAUUUAUGUUUUAUACAACAUUUUAUGUUGUACAUUUAUUGUAUGCAUUAUCCGAAAUAAGCAACCCUUAGUAUAAAUGAACUGAAAUUGCUUAUGAAAAUAACAACAUAAGCAUUUUAUAACACAAAACAUGCACAGGAACAACAACUGUAUCUGGUAAUAAAGAUUCAACACGCAAAUAGGAUUUCAGUUGCGUUGAAGCCAAAUUCUAACAACCCUCCUAACAUGGUUCGAUUUGUCCGUCAGUAUAACAAAGAAAAAACUCGAGCACGUUAAUUCUGCAAUGAAUAAUCCUUGAUGUGAGGAAUGCAGAGAGAACAAUAUGAUAUAACGUGGUUGCCUCAUCUCAUCAGUUUCUAUUCAGACGAAUGAAGUUCACAUUUUUAUCAUAAUAUUUUAAUGAGCGUGUUAGAGUAAAAAUGGUGAGUAAUCAUCUGACUUACCACAGUA